CCUCCUCCAUCCUCCUCUCUCCUUUGCAGGAACUCCAACAGCAAAAACGACCGCAGGAACCGCAAGUUUAAGGAGGCUGAGCGGCUCUUCAGCAAAUCCUCGGUCACUUCUGCUGCGGCUGUCAGUGCGUUAGCUGGAGUUCAGGAUCAGCUCAUUGAGAAGCGUGAGCCAGGCAGUGGGACGGAAAGCGACACUUCUCCAGACUUCCACAAUCAGGAGAACGAACCCAGCCAGGAGGAUGCUGAGGAGCUGGAUGGAUCUGUGCAGGGGGUGAAACCCCAAAAAGCCGCUUCCUCCACUUCUGGGAGCCACCACAGCAGCCACAAAAAACGGAAGAACAAAAAUCGGCACAGCCCGUCUGGCAUGUUUGAUUAUGACUUUGAGAUUGAUCUCAAGUUAAACAAAAAGCCGAGAGCUGACUACUAGACACAUCAGUGCUGAAGAUUCUGGGAUCCGGUCCUACAUGAAUCCCCACCAAGAAUAACUCCAGUCAUCUGAACGAGCACAAUGGCAGCUCUCUGGCCACGUGUGUGCAGAAGGGAGCGAUCCACUCUAAACAACUCAAGGGGGAGAAAGUCUUGGACGUGUCUUUGCAUCAUUUUUAGAUAACCUGACUGGCAGGAGAUGAAGGUGUAGUAGUAGUAGUCCUCAAUUCCUGGCUAUUCUGUGCUUCCAGCUCAGUCAGGAACUUCCUUCAAUUGGCUGAUGUUACUGCUGCCACUGUAAAACCGUGGGGAGGCAUUUCCUUUUCUGCUGGAAUAGGGCUGUGAUUCACUGUGUCCCAUCCACGCUGUAAGACUUAGGUUACUUUUGUUACUGAGACGUAGCUUUGUGGUUUUGUUUGUUUCUUUGUUUGUUUGUUUUUUUUUAAACCAAAGUGCAUCGUUAAUAAAUGGGCUUUUGGUUUGUUUGUUUUAAUGCCUGUAGAGAGGAAAGUUCUUGGUUUUGUGGAACAGCUCGGUUUGAUUUGUAGGUAAGCAGAGAACAAAGUGGCUAUCCAGUUUCUCUGACUUUUCUUUUAAAUGCCAUCCCCUGAAGUUGGCACUGUGCUUUUAGAUGCAGAGGAGGCUGGAGCUCAGAGCCUUCUUGCUCUCUGCUAUCUUCGACGUUGGGUAGAUUCUCUUUUUAAUACAAACUUCCCUCAUUUGUACAUAAAGAAUAAAAGUUACAUUCGUCUCUCU